AUGGCGACCGGUGGAAAGAAAGUUAGGAUACAGACUAAAGUAAAGUACACCAAGUCGGUUCCUUCCACGACUGUUAUGAACGAUUCUGAUCUUCUUGGCCCUAGGUACCGUCUCAAAGAUCUCCUCUCGUCAGAUAAAGGCGAAGACAAGGAAAGGUAGGCGGCAAAUAUGUUUCUUUUUGACAUUAAAUUUACGCAAUGUUGAUUUGUUUUGAUGUACCAGUAUCCCGCUCCUUUCACGACCAAUUUCUUAUCGGCCAAAGUGAGCUGCUUUGAUUAAACCAUUGGACCAGGUUUCCUUAUUUGUUGAUUGCUAUGAACGAAAAUCAUUGGAAAGGGCACAAAAUAUAGAGUUAAAGCGAUUUUAAUUUUAGUUAUGCAUGCAUGGUUGCGUGGUAAAUUAUCUACCGAAGAAGUGUGGCAUGUCUUUAUUUUAGAGUUGUUUAGAAGCUGUCUUGACUCAUAAUCUUGACUUUAUAUUAUUAAAGGCGUAUCCUACUCGCUUAUUAUAAGAUCCGAUAAUUUUUUUAUUUUCUCUCGCGUUCAAAUACGUUGAAAUUUCACUAUGCUGCUAAUUGUUUCUCGAACUCAACUCUUGUUGCAAAUACCAUUCAGGAGAGGAUCAUUUUUCGGUGAACCUCUUACUGAGACGGAUACGAUAAGAAGAUGUCGCUUUUCGAUCACCGAAUUAAGUUCUUUCGUUUAUUUAUGAAAUUCUCUUGGAAAAGAAAUUGAAACAAAAAUGAAUGAAAUAAAAAAAGAUACUAAUUAAAAUUGGGUAUAUAUACGUAUUCGGUUUUGUUUAUUUUUUCAGUGUAGAUUUAUUUUGCGCCACGAAAACUUUUAAAGAUUUGCAGCUGGGUUAAUGCCGUUUUCCCCCAAAACAAUUGAUCUCAUUAGCUUCUUUGCCGGUGUAGUCUGUUAAAAAUCUCCUUGAGGUAAGGCUGCCUAAUCGUCUGAAUUGAUUACUAAAUGUUAUCUGAAAGCGGAUUGGACUGUUGAAAGUAAAGUUGUCCCUUUGUUUGGCUAGUAAAUUACCGAUUUGAAUAAUGAGUUAUUUAUUUAUUUAAGACAUGUUGAAGACGGUUUGGAAUUUUAGAGUAAAGUAUGGACAAAAUUGUUUGCCUUUGUGGAUUGAUUUGUGAAAGUAAUAUCCUUUGAUAUUUGUUGAAUUAUUUUUUUGUAAUUUGAUCAAUAAUUUAUGGUUGACAGACCUGAGUGUAAGCGGGUGAGAAUGUGAGUGUGCCAGCUCAUUUUCAAGGAUGAUAGGAAAAUUUUAGUUUUAAGAUUCAGUUUACAGCUUUUCUGGUUGACUGAUGUAGCUUUUCCUUGCCCAAACAAUAGUCACAAACACAAAUCUUGAGUCACAGUUAAUUCAUCUGCAAAUUAAAUAUGACAGAAUAUUCUUAUAUUUGUCAACAUAAAGUGGUAUGAUAUUUUACUAAUGGUGUGCUUGUUUGAAUAAAUUUUAAAGCAGGAAAUAUACUCCAUGCAAAUUGAAGGAGGCUUUAGGGCUGUGAUGGGUGUGAUAGGUGUGGUCUGAAGUGAACUUUAUAGAAUUUAAUCCCCAUUCAAUGAUUUUUCUGUCCAUUAGAAAGCUGUUUUGAAUAAUAAGAAGGCUGAAAUUAUAUAUCCAGUAAUAUCUUAAAAUAUUUUAAAAAUAUUUCUUGUACUUUUUCAGCCUUUAAGCAGUAUUGUGUUUUGAUGACAUAUAUUGUCUUUUCAGUCAGAAUUGACAUCCACUUUGCUGUUAAUGAUUCAUGAACUUACAGAACACUUUAAUUUAUUAUUGUACAAAAUCAACAAAUGAAAUUACAGCUUUUGAAACAUAUAAUCAGAAGUCAUGCAAUGGUAACAAAAUUGCUGUUUGCAGUAGGGCUAUGCUUCUAAAAGCACUGCAGGGUGCAAGGAGUCUAUUGUCAUACAAAUCAAGGGCGACAAGUUCUUUGUAACACACAGUGCCCCACGAGAAAAGUUUGUCAUGUGUGGCAUAUAGGCCCUACUAUAGUACAGCCCCAGGUAAAAAGGGUUAGAUUCUGACAGGUGGCAGGAGUCUCUGGGGGAUAUAUGUUUGUUUAACUGGGUAGUAUACAAUUAACAAUAUUAUGCCUUACAUGGACAGAAAAAUUGCCAGCAGCUACACAGCAAGACAUUUUUAUUUGGGACUUACUUAUGAUGUUCUUGUGUCCCUCUUGUUUCCGAUGUUGUUAACCCUUUAACUCCCAAGAUCUGAUUGUUAAUUCUCUCCUCUAGCUACUACACAUUUCCUUGUAAAUUAGUUAUGAGAAUGUGGUGCUAGAUCAAGAUAGCAACUUCCGAUAAGUUUGAAUAUUCUCAUUACCUGUUUGCUGAACAAUGUAUGGAUAUUGUAGGGAGAAGUUUUAUGUUAAACACUUCUGGGAGUUAAAGGGUUAAUUAACAUUAAGAGAGCCAGGGAGGAAAGCAAAUAUGUCUGGGAGUGUAGCUGUGGCACAAUUUAUUGCAUUACCCUUGACCCACCUAUAGGUUUGUCAUAACUAAGGCAAGAUGUUUUUGCCCACACAAUGUCUCUCCUGCCAUAAGUCUGAAUGGGUAUCAGAAAAGCUAUCUGGAAAUCUUCAUGAUUUGCUGGAAUGGUUGAGAGGGGGAGGGAGAGGGGAGGGGGGGUGCAACAAAACUGAUCAGUUGAUAUAGGUUAUAUAUAGGAAAUGUGCUGCACUAGUGGUUCACUAGGGUUAAUGGACAACUUUAAACACCUCCAUGUUUAACUGUUUGUUCGAUUUGAGAUGAAAAAUUGAUCUGAUUUCCUUGUCAGUAUUUUAACCCUUUAACUUCUAAAAGUGAUAAACUAUAUUUGUAACUUCUCCCUGUGCUAUGAAAUCCAUACACAAGUUUAGUAGCGAGGUACUGAGAAUCCUCAAACUUAUCAGGUUGAAGUUGUUAACUUGCUCUAAUACCAAUUUCUCAUAACCAAUUUGUAUGGAAAUGUGUAACAGCUAGAAUGGAGAAUUAGUGAUCAGAUCUUGUGAUUUCAAGGGUUAAGUUAUAAAUUUUUGUGACCAGCCAUUACAAGAGAGAAGCACUUUAACUCCCAGUUCAAAUUUGUCUUUCUCCUUACUGUCCACCAUGCAAUUCUUAUAAUGUUAGGUAGAGAAUUUAGUAUUGGAUCACCUUAUUAUCACCAAAUUGGUAUUUUUCUUUAUUCUCAUCACUUAUCUGCUUGAUAUUGUAUUGAUAUUGUUAGGAGAAAUUCUUCGUCAUGGUCGCUCAUUGGAGUUACAGGGUUAAAGUAAAGCAAUUCUAAUUGCUACUUAAUUAAUUAAUACUUAAUUAUGAAUUUCACCCUUGAAUCUGUUGUUGCCUGAUUUACUGUUUGUAGAUCUGCUACAUCAUAACUGCUGUGACAGGACAUUAUGUUGUAAUGAAGGGUUAGAUAAUUAUAUGCUAUAAUUCUAAAAAAUGUCAAAAUUUCUCAAAUAACUUUUCAAUUUCACAGGGUUCGUGUAGAGCACUAUGUCCAUGACAAGUCAUUUAAAGAAAGAGUUAAAUUCUAUUUUGUAACUGAUCAAAGAUCUAGUAAGUGAUAUUAAUAACAAGAAAUCAAAUCACUCUUGACUUAUUAAUACAUGCACUAAAAUUAACAUUAAUUUCAUUCAGUACUUUCUUGUGACAAUUAAUUGUGUCAGUUCUGCAUAUAAAUUACACUCUUUUUUAACUUAAAUAUUUUCACCCAGCUUGUAUAUUGAUUCCUAAAUAAGCAAUCUAAUUUGAUAUUAAUAAAAGUACCUAAAAAAAAUAAUUGCCAGUCAAUUCUUAAUGGCUUCAUCCUUAAUAGGAAGUGAAGCAAAAAGAUUGUCAUCAGGGCACUUCUCAUGUGAUCAGAUCAUCAUUUUACUACUGACACUCCUUUUACCAGCAACUAAACCUAGCUGGAUUGAAACUGGAUUGAAUAUUAAACUGAAUUAUGUGAGAAUUGCAGAAACUUUAAAAAUGUAAAUGGAAAAAAAAGAUAAAUUAACACAAGUUCCAAUCCAAAAUUCUUUAAAAGUUUAAGAGGUUAAAAUAACCCACUAAAGGUUAACAACACAAGUUAAUUAAGGACAAAAACUAUACCUUGUUUCAUCAACCUGUUUAGUUUGAUAUGUCCACCUAAAAUUUAUCCCAGUGUUAACAGCUUCGAUCAAUUGCUUAACCAGGUAUAAGAUGGCAGACAUUUCGCUUCAUGCUGAAGAUAGUGUCAUGUGUAUUGUAUGUUGUACGAGGCUGCUAUGAUUUAGAUCCAAAUCGAGCUGGUGGGUAAGUACAUGGCCAUUUAUUAGUAUUUUACUUAAAGAGCUUCAAACAAUAAUUAUCUUCACUUGUGAAUAAAUGACUUAUUUGAUCUUUAGUCAAGGUUCUAAUCUUUAAAGGGGUGCAUGAACACAGCUGUUUAAAAGUGGAAAAAGCCCACUGUUGCUUCUAGGGAAUACAGUCAAACCUUUAAUAAGCAGUCACUUAUUACAGGUUUUUUUUUUAUAUACUUGAAGGCACAAUGCACAAUGAUUUGAGAAUUUACUUUAAUUAUUUCAUAAUAUUGAUUAAAUGAAAUGUAUUCCUUUUCAUUUUUGGCCAUUAAUAUUCAUAUUUCUGGUCAUCCAAACUCUUAAUUACCUGGAGUACUCAGCCCAGUCCCUGUGGGUCAGUAUAAUUGAGGUUUGACUGUACCAUCAAUAAAGACUUCAACUUUUACCAAUGUGAUAAUGAUUGCACAUACUUUUUUUUUUUUUUAUUUUGACCUCAACUAACAGAUCUGGUUGUCCAGAUAACAGAACUGCCAACCGUGAGUGGGCUUGUCCUGUAUAUUAUGAAGGAGAGAAGUAAGGUUUUAUAUUCUGUAUUUUGCUUUAAAAAGGAACCUACUUGAGUUUCAUACAUCAGGGCAUUUAGUACAGAAUUUAUUUGAAGGAAAAUAGGGUUCACCCUUUACACCCCAACAUCAGUAUUCAUAUUCUCCAUACUGUUCUCUGUACAUUUACCAAGGUGCUGACAAGGAGAAUUUGUCUAACAAUCAAAAGUUUCUUUUUUAGUUGGUGAUCAUUUACUUUAUUCUCAGGAUAUUAAUGUGUGAUUUAGUUGGUAAUUUGAAAGGAGAAAUUAGAUGCUAGUCACUCCUAGGGGUUAAGGGGUUAAGGGACAGCCAGGAGAAUACUCUUAUUGUCUAAAUUUAAUUGUAGCAAUUACAGGACUUAAAGGUCAUGUUUUCUAAAAGUCACAUUGUGGCGGGGCCUGUCAUUGUAAUAUGGUGGCCAGAAAAAAAAGUUUAGAUGCUAAAGAAUAAAACAUCAUAUCAAUGGGAGGACACUUCUUGUAGUAUUACAUAGACUUCUAGUGAGGAAAAGAAAGGUACAGGUGCAACACUUUCAAAUGUUUCAUUUUUUUUAAAACUUUUUGGUCACCAAUUGGCUGCUUUUGCUGAAACUUUAGUUCCUGAAUAUAUUUUUCACUUGGCAUGGUGAUCAAAAUGGUGACAGCUUGCAGCACUGAGUUCUAGAAUAUUCUCUGAUCCUCUGAUCUCUGAUGCUUAAUCAAUAUCUUAGGGCUUUGGCAUGAUAGCAUCUACUAUUUCUCGCUCUUGCAGUUAUUGGUGGUCAUUGCUAUGGGUUGAAAGACCCCAUUUGCUAUGGAUUGUACAGGUAGAACUGGAAUCUGUGUCAAAAUCUUAGCAACUAUGCACCUACCCCUCACCUAACCCAAUAUCAACCCUAACUUGUUAUCAGUGGACUGUUUUUGGGUUAGGGGAGGGUAAGGUGUGCAGUUUCUCAGAUACUGACAUUGAUCCUACAAGUGUAUGUUAACCAGUUACAUUCUUCCGAUCUGGUCACAUGACAUUGGUAACCAGGCUGGUUUAGUUGGUGGAAUACAGUUUUUCUACUCUUCAAUUGAGACAUUUCAGCCUGAAAACUAACAAUGCCAGGGGAAAUUUAAUGUUGGGUUACUAAGAGAAAGAUGAUAUGUCCUCUCAAAUUUUAUCUUCUGAAAUGGAGCUGAAGUGCCCAUACCUAAAACUCCCUGUUUUCAAACUUUACUGGACCAACCUACAUUCUCAUUGAAACACAUAUUCAUCAUUUAAAUGACGGGAGAGCAGUGAGGGAAGAUUGAGAUUUUGAAAAGUCGAGGCAAGCCAAUUGUCUAUCAGGCUGAUAUAAGGAGGUUCUUCAUAUGUCAAACUUUCCAAUUUACAAUGUAUGGCUUAAAGACUUUGAGUGAACAUGAAAACCACAAGGAGCCAGGUGGAACUUGAAGCCAGUCAACAUCACUGGAUUAUUUUCUUUGUUUUGUUUGCAGACAAUCAUUGCAGUGUACAGUAUACUGGAAGCAAUCUUACUUAGUUAUUUAACCUUCAAGGUACUGUCAAGUAAUUCUCCAUAUUAAUUCACAUAAUUUGAAAGACAUUUGAUUUUCUACUCAUCAUACAAUGUUUAUUUAUCAUAUAUUUCCUUUUUUCCUAAUUUGUAGGGAGGUUCUGUCAUUGGUCAAAUUGUAAAUAGUCGUGUUAUUGCUGAGAUUUUGCUAGGAAUGCCUUUCUUAAUAUCUGUAAGUAUUAUUUAUAAAUGUAUAAGAGUUGUCAAAAAUAUUUGAAGAAAUCUGUUCAUUUUUCAUAAAGAUUUAAAGUGUUUGUCUUUCAUUGAAAUACUUUGCUUACUAAGCUAACUAACAUUCUUUUGCAGAUAUUUUAUAGCAGACUAAGAAAUUUGUGGGUACCUCUGUUUUUGAAUAUUUGGCUUGCCAAGAAUGCAUUAGAUGCAAUGCUUGUAAGUAUAACUAAUUAUUAUAGGGAAGAACUUUGCAUCCUUUGCUAAUUUUAACUUGAUGAACACAUGUUCAUUCAUAACAUGCACCUACAUGUACAUGUUUGUGCUCAUGCAGAAUUGACUUUUUUCGUGACCCUUUAUUGCUUUAUAGAAUGAUCUUCACCGACUAGCUCUGCGUCAGCAGUCAGCAGUAUCCCAAAAGGUUCUUGUAGUGGUUGGAACUGUGUUAUGUAUAUUAUUUACUGGGUAAGUCUUAAUGAUAAGAAUGUUAUCACCUUAGAAGUUAUCAGUUUGGUGUGGGAAGAAAUUGAAAUAUUUCUGGAUUGAAAGUAUGAUACAAUUUUUUCUGUACUGUAAUUGCCUUUACAAAUAAAUAAAUUAUUCAACUGUUCAUAUUACAGAAUAUGUGGUAUUCAUCACCUUGAGAGACCUGCUUCACAGUGGAGUUUUUUUGUGUGUAUCUGGUUUGUGAUGGUGACGUUUAGCACAGUAGGCUAUGGUGAAUACACUCCAAGUGACUGGCCAGCACAGACAUUUGUUAUGAUAAUGAUUGCCUGUGCUAUCAUUAUGCUACCUAUUGAGGUGAGGAUCUGUUGAGGGAGUAAGGGAACACAAAGUUGUAUGGUUUAAUUGUGUACUGAUAAGUGGAGAAUUACCUUGCAGAUGGUGUGCAUUGCAAUCAAGUGUUGCAAAACCAAAAGUGCUCACAACAGGCAAUUAGGAACAAAAGAAAAUGAAUUAAAACAAGAUAACUGUAUCCUUGAAAACAGAUGGUGUGCAUUAAUUCUGAAUCAAGAUGUUGCAUUUUUUAAGACCAAUUAAAAUGCGUGCAAAAACAAUACCAGAUGAAACUUAGGCAGAUUACCUGAUUGUGAUUGAAAAUUUGUCCAUUAGAUAAACUGUACAUUACAGACCCUCUGAUGGGUGGUUGGUUUUGAUAUGUCAGGGUACACAGCAGUUGUAGUGCAACAAAUUGGUGCUGAGUUUUGAAAAUGUUGAUGAGAUAUUUCCACAUUUAGCAAUGAAAAGCCUUGCUGAUUAGAUGGUCACCUCUGGCUUGAAUAUCCAUUUUUUAAAUACAUUUUGACACCACCUAGGAUGAUCUGUGAUCUAUAACUGGACAAACACUUGGCAAAAUAGAAUGCAUUCCCUGAUUCAGUCCCUUAGUAGCUAACAAAGUCAGAAGAAAUACAGAAAAGCUUAUAAAAUUGCUUCAUAUAGGAAAAGUCUUUCAGUUUGCCCCUAGGCAGUUACUAAAAAAUAAGAAAUUUAGCCUAGAUGUGCUUCUUGGGAGUUACUUCAAUUUUUGUUAAAGUGAAAUUUAAUUUGGUAAAUUAUCUCUGAAAUUAAGUUUUGGCCGUCUUGAGGGUACUCAGGAGAAUUUAGAGCACUGGUAACCUUAUCAGUCUAUAAUGAUUGCUGUAAAUUUAAUUUUACUUUUUUUCUUAAUUUUUUUGAAAUUUUGAAUUCUUUUCUUAGUUGGAGCAGCUGGCUUUCUUGCUGGUCUCUCGUCAGAAAGAGGGUGGUACAUUUAAUCGCAUGCUGGCUGGUUCUGAAAAACAUGUGGUAUUAUGUGCAACAAUACUCCGGCCAACUAUGCUGAUUGACUUCUUGAAUGAGUUUUAUGCUGAUACCAGAUUGCAGGUUUGUUCAUUUUCUUUAUUAGUUUAAUGACUGCAUGUUCAAUGAAAGAUCUGAAAUUGCAGGUAAAUUAAAUAAAUACAAGCAUAGAUCAGGUUCCCUCUGUGGUCUGCUGCUGCACAACUCUCUCACUGUUCUCUUUGCAGAUAGUUUGUAUCCAUGCUUCUGGGAUUUUAGUUUCACUGUCCUUGUUGAUUUUGUUAGGGUGAAGUCAUGUGUGAAUUGCCAAUUGACCUCAUUGCCUGAAGGGGAUUAGUAGCAUUCAAUCGUGAUCCACAUCUGAAGUGACCACAUCAUGAAAGAAAACAUCUUUUUGAAGUGAUCUAUAGUUUUUGUAAGCAGUAUGUCAUGAUACAUAUUAAGUCCAGGAUCAUAGAUGAAAUUAAUGACUUUUCAUAUUCACUGGGUUCACUUGUGAUGGACUGUUCUGACUAGAAAGCUACCAAAAGUUACUAAAGUUAUGAGCUAUUAAGCCUUCAUUGUAGCUUUUCCUGUUAUCUUAUAGGAUGCCCAUGUGGUUUUGCUCUGUCCAUCAGAGCUUGACAGCACACUGAGAAUUCUCCUACAGGUACCCCAUUGGUCACAGAGAGUCACGUUUUUAAAGGGAUCUGCACUCAUUGAUGAAGACCUUAUAAGAGCUAGGUAAGAAAAAUUGCUUAGAUGUGUACAAAGUACAAAGGGUUGAACUCACAGCAAUUAAUCAUCAGUCCAGUGAAGAGCAAGUUGGGGGGUUGAAACCCAGGACCACCUGGUCACAAGUCCAGUGCCCCAGUGCCCCAGUGCCCCAGUGCCCCAGUGCCCCAGUGCCCCAGUGCCCCAGUGCCCCAGUGCCCCAGUGCCCCAGUGCCCCAGUGCCCCAGUGCCCCAGUGCCCCAGUGCCCCAGUGCCCCAGUGCCCAGUUAUACUCUGGUGAGCCUAUUUACUGCCAUAUUGCAAUGUUUAAUUUAAUUUUAUGCUUUAUUCUUAGGGUUGAGGAUGCUGAAGGAUGCUUCAUCCUUACUGACAGAUAUGCAGAUGACAGGGAGGCUGCUGUAAGUUGGAAUGAGGAUCAUGAAUGGUCAAUUACUGUCCUUCUCUUUCUGUCUAAUUUACUUGCAGGUUAAGCAAGUGAUGAGAAAUACUUUUAUCCUUUUGGCAGAAUAUUUUGGUUUUAUGGUCAUGAAAAUUCCAAGGAAUUAAUGAAUGUUUCUUCCUAAGUGAUAGAGAAAUCUCGUAGAUCAUCAGCCCAUUUUUAUGUGAAGGUACUGUGAUGUGGAUGUUGUGAAUGAAACAUCUGAUCUCUUUUAGGACAAGCACACCAUUUUGAGGACAUGGGCUAUUCAGGACUUUGCUCCUGCUACUCCAUUGUAUGUACAGAUCCUCAAGCCAGAGAACAAGUUUCAUGUCAGCUUUGCAGGUUAGAGAAUGGAUAUUCCCAUCGUUUGAAUAUUUAAUUUAAAGCCAUUGUUUGUGGAUGAUCCUUACUUGAUCAAUCACUAGUGAGAAUCCUAAUCUCUAAGAAAAUGCCAAUUUGAGGCCAAUAACUUUUUGUUGACUCAAGUUUCUAUAGUGCUAGUUACUAAAAUCAAAUUUCUGUAGAAAUCCCAUGAGUGACCAAGAGACAAUUUCUCCUUACAUUAUCAGCACUAUAUCAAGCAGACAAAUGAUGGGAAUAAAGAAAAAUAUCAAUUGGAGGCUAGUAGUUGAUUCAAUACAAAAUUAUCUGAAGUAACAUCAUGUUAAGAAUUGUAUGGAGGGCAGUAAGAAAAUUUAUCAGUGGGAUCAUGAGAGUGAAAGGGUUAAAAGCAUUAAUUUGGCUUCCAUUGUUUUUGGAAAAUACAAAGAAAAUUGUUCAGUUAGCAUCGGUUGGUAUGAGAGCACAGUGCCUGUAACCUUUCACAGUUGGUAACUCUUUCAAUUGAUAUUAUUGUGUUAAUGUCAUUUUCAGAGCAUGUUGUCUGUGAAGAUGAAGUGAAACAUGCCCUCUUGGCUAGUAACUGUGUGUGUCCAGGAAUUUCCACAUUUUUCACUCUACUUCUUCACACCCUUCAUGAACAGUAAGUGAGAUAUGCACUCUUAUUGAUUAUUCUUACCCUGGAAUGUGUGUAGAGCUUCUGGUUGCCUGCUUGCAGUUUUCAACAACAUUGCCAUCGUGUUUUUAUUCUACUCACUGAGUGGAUUGAUGCAUAUUGCUAAUCCUGCCUGUAAUUUUUUUGUCAAUUAGGAGUGGAUCAGAAGAUUGGCAUGAGAUGUAUGGUAAAUGUGCGGGAAAUGAAAUUUAUGACAUCCGCCUGGGGGACAGCAAGAUCUUUAGACCAUAUGCACAAAAGACAUUUAUGCAUGCUGCUUUUCAUGCACACAAGAAGUGAGCAAUGACUUUUUUUGAUUACUGUGAAGUGGUAGUCCUCAAAUUUUUAUCAUCAUGUGAAACAGGGAAGUUCCAGACAACUCUUUGGUUGGUUGUUUAAAUGGAUUCUAACUUUUGUCAGGGUUUCAGUCAAUCAAUGAAUGUGAAGAUUUCUUUAGAAGUGGACGUUUCCACCAUUUGCAAACUUUUCUCUUCCAGGUAUGGUGUGACACUCUUUGCAGUUCGUUCAAUUGGAAAAGGUUCUCGUAUUCUGUUAAAUCCUGGUCCAAACCACAAAAUGAGUACUGAGGAUAGAUGUUUCUACAUCGCCAUCUCCAGUGAAGAAGACACAGCAUUUAAAGCCUACAAAGAGCCAAAAAAGUCAGUCAGUUUAUUAAAGGGAAGCUUUAGGCACAAGAACGAUUCAUUUAUCACUGCAAGCUCUGUGGCUCUUGAGCUGAAUACCGACUCUGUUGAAGCAGGUAAUACUCAGAAGUCACAACAUGUUCAUGUUCUAAAUUAUAAUCGAUCAGGUGUUCUGAAGAAAGGAUAUUACUUAUAUCAAAAUGAGCAUACCAAGAUACACAUUCAGUAUAUUUUGUUUUGAGGAAUGAAAAUAUAGCAUUAUUACCUUCUUUUGUAAACAGGGAGUUUCAACCUUGAAAUGUCAAGAGUAUUUCCCAAUUGACAAUGCCCCAUUUUUGGUAUGAAUUUAGGUGUUCAAAUGCUAACACACUCAUUCCAUUAUUUUUGUUUUCAAAUGAAACCUAUGUGGAGUUGUGCCAUCAAAUUGAUAGUACAAUUGUUUCUGGGGAUAUUCAUUUGAUGUCUAUUGUUUUAUUUUUUGGUGUAUCUCCUCUAAAAAUACCAGUUAUUAUCAUUUGGGAUGCUUUCCAUUUUUUUUUCUCCUUAUGCUUUUUUCUUCAAGCAUGAAGUGUGAUUUAAUAUUGUUUAUGUUCGGGAGCUGAUGACCAUUUUUGCCCAAAUGGGAUAGACUUUGGGUCUUGUCUGCAAUGCUGAUGAAGGCUUUACUUUCAUAUUAGUGGGGAUUUUGCAAGGGGACACAUUGAUCUCUCCAAUUGUUACAUCCACAGGCAAACCAGCACACUGCAGUUCCAUUUGAGUAAUCAGAUAGUUGCUAGUAUUAUCUUUUAGAAACAAUUGUUAUUUUUCUUAAUCUUUAUGGUGACUUUGGGUGAGCUUAGACCAUAAAAUAUUCAUUGAUGAAAUUUCUAACCAGUGGUUUAAGUUUAUGGUAAUGGCCACAGAUUGACCAGAUUUGACCACAGCCUUACCAUUUUUCUCUAGUAGGACUUAAGUACAUAAACGAGGCUCCUGCUAAUGGUGUUGGACAUGCCAGCUCCACUGAUCAAGUGACAUCAUCUUCAUCAGUCAAACUAGAACAGGAAACUUCUUCCAUGAAACCAUCACGAGGAUUCAAAGAAGUUGUUUUUGACAUAGCAGACUCAAGACGAUCAUCAAAUUCUGUGUAUGUACCCAAUGAAUCAGAUUCCGAGGAGGAAGAACACGAAGAACAGGAAUUUAGUUUGCUGGAUGACACCAGUAGGAUACCCAGGUAAUAAAUAGAGGAUAUGUUUCCUGUUAUGAUACUGGUAUGAAUUUCUUAUGUAUUGUGUAAUGUUUAGUUACUUGAAUUUCCAGCUGCCAUUCUCUGAGGAGGAUUUUGUUUGUUUUGUUUAGUUUUGUUUUUGAUAUGCAAAUCCCAAAGCAAGGUCUUGACAAUUUAUAAGUUCUUGUAAUCAGGGAUGGACGAAGCUGGAUUGUGAUAUCUAACUGGAGAGGGAGAAAACCCGUCUUCCACUUGGGAUAAUAAAAAAUUGCGUUACAUUUGGCAAGCUUCACAUUGAACUUGACUGUUUUCCUUUGCUAGCUAUGUGGCUGGAGUUCCUCCUUGUUCUUUGUAUAUUGGUCGCACUCCUAUCAGAUGUCAUCUUUUGAAAACUCCUAAAAAAGUCUGCUGUUUAGGGCUCAGAAAUGAGGUAAGCUUUAUGAUCUAGCUGAACUAAAUGCUUCUGGAACGGGCUUCAUGUGAUUAAUGAGUGUCAGGGUUAUUUAGCCCUAUUUCUAUAAAAGUUAUUGUAACUUCGAAUACUUUAAAUUAUAAAACUAUUUCUUGAUGAAUAUUUUUGCUUUUAGGAAUUCGUUUUUAAUUCCUCCUCGGGAGGGUUUAAGGGAAAUGAAACAGGAAAUAAAAGAAUAACAGUAACUCGAGGAACAGGUCUUAUUUAACUUACCGCACUCAAAUUUCUGCGGGAAAAUCAUGUGGAUUUUGGGAUUUGCUUUCAGGCCUGUUUAGACCGUGAUCUGAAUGACAGUGCCAGAUUACAUCAGAGACAAAAGGGAGCUAUCAUUGUGGCGUCACCUGUAGCCGAAGCUGGAUUGUACAACUUUAUUUUGCCCCUCAGAGCUUAUCAGCGGCCCAAGUGCACCCUUAAACCCAUAGUACUUCUCCUGAAAGAAGAGUAAGUACCAGUUUAUGGUAUUUUAUAUAAUAAGCUCAGUUAUGCACGCAUUCUGAUUGGUUCUCACUUAUGAUCUUUUGGAGGACAGACGUAUGAUGACGUCAUCAUUAAAUUUUUUAAAAUUCUUUAUUAUAUAAAACAAAUAGAUUCCAAGUUGCCGUGUGUCUGUUCAGUGAUAGAUCACGGAGGACGUCAAAAUGUGGUAAGAACAUCAGUGAGACACUCGGCUGUGCCUCGUGUGCCACUUAUUUGUUCUUACCACAUUUGGACGUCAUCUGUGAUCUAUUACUGAACAGACGCACGGCAACUUGGAAUCUAUUUGUUAAAUAUACAAUAGCAGCCACGACUUUUGGCCUGAAUGUAUUGGAGAAAAAAGAAAUCGAGAAACAACUUGUUUUUUCUAUCUUUACUGUCACCGCUGUAGUUUUGGAUUGAUUCGUUUCUGACUGGUUUUAUUUAGAUUCUUUCUUUUGACCCUUUAACCUCAAAGAGUGUCUGGCUUCUAAUUCUCCCUACAGUAUUACCCAUAAAUCAAAUGUAGAAGUUAUGAGAAUGAAGGAAAUGAUCACCUAUCUAAGAAGCUCUUGAUUGUCAAACAAAUUCUCCUUAUUAGUGCAAUAGGAAAUGUGAAAUGGACAGUGUGGAGAAUAUGAAUGCUUAUUUAAGGGUGGAAAGGGUUAUUCUUGCCCUUUCCUUUUCGGUUUACUCUAAUAUUUGUUUAGGUUCAUUAAGCAAACUGUCGUCUUGACAUUUACUUCUACUGAGACAAAGUUCUCGUUGACACUGCAAUUAAUUCGAGUCGGAGCUAUUACCUGGUCUAUUGACAAAUCAUUAAAUGUUUAUUGAUAAUUAUGAUAAUUAUAUUUUUACGUAUUCUAUUUUUUUGGAAUACGUUACAAGUGUACAUGAAGCUACAGUUCACAGCUUAUUUGAAGGAAACCUACGUUUAAUCUACAGGCCCAGUGAAGACUUCUUAAUGGCUGUGCGUCACUUUCCCAUGCUGUAUUAUAUUCAAGGAACCAUAAAUAGGUAAGAAAAAUCCUUUGAGCUGCAAGUCGACACAACCUCGUUUAUUUGCUUAAAAUGGAAACUUAUUAUUUGUUUCACUUAUUUGCUGUCUUUCUGUUUUUAAUGCGAAAGGUUAAAUUGAAUUAAUGAUAAAUAAUUUACUCGAUAGAACACCGUUUGAGUGUUGCAAAACUCAAUUCGAAAGAAAAUAUGACUUGUGGCCACUGGGAACUCAUAUCAAAUACAGUUCAUGUAAACAAAAUUUCGUGUGGGAAAGCAAGAGUGAACAAUUCGCGAUUGAUUUAGUUUUGCCACUCAGAUUGGUCGAGAGGAUGGCGCGAGUUUUGUAGACCAAUCACAGACCGUAGUGAAGCAAAACCAUCGCAUCCCUGAAUUACUUUUGAUAUUACUGUAUUGAAAAUUACUGAUUGAUUUGCUUUCAGUUUGGACGACCUUCUCAAGGCUGGUUGUCUUCAUGCAGACAGUAUAGUAGUUGUAGGGUAUCGAUCUCAGGGCCAGAUGUAUGACGAGGAGCACAUGGCAGAUGCCAGUACCAUCGUAGAAGUGCAGAGUAUCUACAGGUAUGAGACAGUUGUACGUCAUCGUGAUCAAUAUCAGUAUCUGGGCAACUGCCCACCUACCCCUCCCCUAACCCAACAUUAGCCCUUAAUUGUUAUCAAUUGACUGUUGUUGAGUUAGGGGAGGGGUAGGUGGGCAGUUGCCCAGAUACUGAUGUUGAUCCCAUUGUUGUGUACUCCUGCUACAGAAUAUUAAGGUCAAAGAAUUUUUCUAAUUGCGUUUCUAGCAACUGAAUGGAUCCUAGCUAAUAAGGACGGUUAAUUUUGAGCGUGGUCAUGAAAUAACAAUGUGAUAUGCCCUAUCACAAGCAUGGGACAAAUAAAAAAAAUUCCGAUUCCUCUCAGAGGAAUCGCAUCCUGGACCUUUCGCUCUCUAAUGCUCUACCUCUGAGCUACAAGGAACUCCACAGCUAGCCGGGCCUAAGGCCUUAAUCGCACUUUCUCUUUUCUUGGCUGGUGGUUUAUGCGUUGUCGCACCACGACUUUCUAACUUCAGUGAAGCUUCUUACCGGCUUAAGAGAUUAUCGACGACUGGUUUUGCUAAUGGAUUGAAAAGCUAAGCGGCUGAAGACUUGCAUUGAAACAAUUUGCUCCCAAAACCUUUUUGUCCUUUGCGCUUGUGUCCUUUGCGCUCAGUGAUAUCCUUUGCGCUUGUGUCUUUUGCACAGAAGUGGAGAAGACUUUGUGUGAGUGAGAAAAUUUUCUCGCUAACGCUGAGAUAAUUGAGAAAGUAUGUAAGUCGACAACUUGUGGUGAAACAGAUUUUACCUUUGGCAGAUGUUUUCCAAGAGCGACUCUGAUUGUGGAGCUGACACAUGCGUCUAACAUGCGCUUCAUGAAGUUCAAUGCCGAUGUAACCCUACCUCCUGGAUUACAAAGCGAAUCACUUGCUAGUUUUAAAACACGGAGCUUCAGAGAGAGUGUCAAGGUACUUUAAUAGGUCCUUGAGUUAAAAUGCUAAUCGUGAUUCAUCUCUGUUGUUUGAAUAUUUUGACUCUAUAGUCUUUGCUCAAGCUUGGGAAGUUUGAAGCUCCCCGUGAUUGUUUUUGUUGCAAAAUGCAGACCACCUUUGCUUGGGAGAGAGAAGAAUUUGUCCAUUUGUCUGCAGACCAGGUUUUAGAUUUCGCCGAGUUGUUCCAUUAAUUUGCAUUAGUUUAUCAUUGUAAAAAUUAGUUAGAAAUUUAAGAGGUCUCUUGGAAAUGAUUGGAUUAAUGCUGGGACCCUUAAAAGUAAUUCUUACAGGUGAAAAGAUAGGUCCGAAAAGUGAAAUAAGACAGUUCAGUAAACGGUUGACUAAGGUAUUAAGCACAAUCAAAUGACAAAGUAUAGUUUUAGUUUUUCUCUGAAACUCAUUUAUGUACCUUUUCUCUUUAGAGGAGAAUCAAACAGCAGAAUAAAGACCAUUUAAACUAUAUGUUCCGUGAACCCUUUGCUGCCGGUCACGUGUUCAGCAUGAGCAUGCUGGAUACCCUGCUGUAUCAGGUCUGUAUGUUUUCUUGGUUAUUUUUCAUCAUUUGAAUUUUAUGCAAUCAUUGUAGAAACAAUUUGUCAAUAAGCCAUGGGCGACGUCAAUGAUAUUUUAUAAGGAGGCUUAGUGUAAACUUUUUCUUGUCAGAUGAGACUUAUUUACGUUAUAGUAGAUAAAUAUUUUAUAUCAAUUGCUUUGGGCUUUCCCUUGUUUAAACACAGAGGCAUUAGACAUCACAGAAAUUUAUUAUUUUAUUUUAAAAAUUUGUGGUUUGAAAUUCAUUGGGGAACCCUUUUAUCAAGGAAAUGUAGGAAAGUUGAACAAGAGACUGAAGAAACUUUCGCAGUUUGACAAAAUCUUCUAUCUAAAAACUGUUGCAAAGUUAAGUAAAGCAGAACUAGGUAGCUAUAUGUGGAAAAAUAGAGGUCAUAAACUUACUGGUGAGGCCGAAGGUAUUCUUGGGGGCGUUGGCAGGAUUCUUUUGUGGGUGGAGGGGUGGGGAGAGCUCGUUACGCUUUUACUAGUAUUUCAAGGUAUGUCAGGUCUGUCAGUAUUGUCUUGACAUAAAUGGUAAUAUGCACAACAAAACAACACCUUCCCCCCUCGUUACACCCCUGAUUGUAUCACCAAUGUGUGCUCGAUGUUAACCCGCCUACUCGUUAAUUGUAGGCAUUUGUGAAGGAAUACAUGAUCUACCUGGUCAGACUUCUGUUAGGCUGUGAACAAUCGCCUGGAUCAGGAUAUCUCUCUUCAGUAAGGAAACGUCAAGCGGAAAGAACUCUUAGUUUUAUGUCGUUAUACAUACAUUACAGUGUAUUUCAGUCAGCAUUGCAUAACGCUUUUGAAGAGAUUUUCGUUUCAAGUCUCCCACGCUCAAAACCAACUGUAGAUCAGAAUAAUUCCAUGAACCAAUGAAAAACUCGAAGGAAAACAAGCAAAUAACUAUUAGUCAAGUUUCGCAUUUGACUGGUCGAGGAGGUUGCUUAAGUUUGUUUAAACUAGUCACAGAGUGAUGAAAAGCAAAACAAGUGACAUCCUGGAUUAUAUUCACCACUUUAUCUGAACUGACUGCUCUUAAAAAACAUGACAUGGUUGAAAUUAACCUCAGCCGAAUAUGAAAUAGUGUUUUAAAAGCACCAGCCUUGUAACAUCGACAUUGCAUACCAGACGAUGCAAAUUUCUUAUAACUGUUGAGACACGCUUUUUAUGUUUUUCACCAGCUGAAAGUCACUGAAGAUAACAUUUGGAUCGAAACGUAUGGAAGGCUUUUUCAGCGACUUUGCUCGACAACGUUUGCCAUUCCUAUUGGCCUCUAUCGAUCACAUAUUCCAGAGGUAAUUAAGAACUUAUGGCGCACAACGCAGCACCUGUGUUGACUUACAUUGCUUUGCUGUCACAUUAGUUGUGAAGGUUUAGGACCUCACCUGAAAGAUCAUUUGCCCAUUGCUAACAAUGAAAAAAAUUUGCGUAUUUGUCUCUUAAUAAAUCCUCAAUUCUUGAAAGAUCAUAGAUCUUUUUGCAUAACUAUUUUUCCUCUCCCAAACAACGGGUGCAACGAAGACGAAAUACUUUGCUUGCAUUUGGAUAAAAUUGACUCUUCUACCAGCAAUUUAUGCUACCGUUUCCAUCUUUGUGUUGUUACUCAGGAGGACAGUGUUGAUGCCUUCCCAAGGAUGAGAAAGAAGGAGACUAGGGACAUCUCGGACAUCAUCGAGCACAGGAUGAAAGUUUUGAGCAUCACUGGAACUCGUAAGUUGAGGCGUAUACAGAGUGGGGGGGGGGGGGGGGGGCGAUCUUAUGGUCUCAUUGUCCGGGUUAGGGCAAUUUGUAAAAGGACUUCUGACAUUCUGACAUUCUGACAACCACAGCAAAAGUAGUUGUCAGAUUCAAGGAAAGACGUGUCUGUUACAAUCUAUGCGACUCUGUGGAAUCCAGAUGAAUUGUUUUUUGUGUUGCUUUGGAUGGAAAUUAUUCUUUUUAACAAAUUUCUACACAAUAGGAGCUAGCUAUCAAGGCUUUCAUAAUUAUUAGUAUGUGUUAUUUUUUUUUUUAUCACUGUGACAAUUGGAGAUACCUUCGGACAAGUGUCAACCCCAACUUGUGAUAGCCGCUUAUAGUUCCUCCUUCUCCUUUUAUUUCUCUGAUGGAUGGCAAAAGAACAUUCUUGUAUUUUUUUAUGCUUCUGAUGUCAUUUGGUACCUGCAGUUCAUUGUGAUAGAGCUCGUAAAGUAAAUAACUAAAAAAAAUUUACACCGUGAGUACCUCAUAGUAAAGAUUGUUAUACUUUUUUUGCAGCUGAUAUGACUCACAGGUUAGGUAACUCUUACGUGGUUGUCAACCCCAAUCCUGAGUUUCAGUUACAAAUCGGUGACAUCAUGUGAGUAGCAAGAGAACUCUUUCCUGUUUGGUUUCUUUAGAUGUAGCCUCGAGAUUAGACUACGAACAGCCCGAUCCUUAUUGUUAACGACGACCGUCGCGCGAUUCAAAAACAAUUCGCGAAAAAAAAUUUGAUGCUGCUUUUCGUGUGAUUCACUCAAGGGACAUUCCCGGAGUUCCGCGCAGCGCGAUAACAUCAAUUGUUUUUUCCUACUGUUUUUAUUGACUCGCGCGACGGGCCUCGCCCAAAGGGAAGGACUAUUAGUUAAUAACUCAACUCCUCGUCAGUUACGUCACACAUUCUUAUCUGCGGCACGCGUAUUACUUUAGGCUUAAGUUUAUCUCUGAGUUGUUUUUAACUUGUUUCCUUGCGCAAUUACUUAUGUCCUUGGGUAUAACUCGUUAAUAGGAUAUAAAGACAUCAGCUUCCCUGCGAUUCGAUCGGUCCCGUUAUUUUUGUGUCUCGCCGGUUUAAUCAAAUGAUUUAUAUAAGCAUACUCGCAUCCGGUUAAGACACAAGAAAUUUUGUCAUAUUGAUUGAGGAAAUGUUUGAUUGAUGUUUGUUCAGUUACCUGAUUCGUCCAUGCAACACAAGUAUGUCAGAUACAGAGGAGGAACCUACCGAUUCAGUAAGGGUGGACGACAUUCCAAGUACUUCUCUGUGAGUGGAAUGACAGCCUGCAGUGGGGAGAAAUGAGAGCAGCCGCAAGUAGACACAAGUGACGAUGUUUCUACCUAAUGGGAGAUCUCUUUGUGUGUCACUGACUUUGGCCUUGUAGAGGAAUUCAUCCAUCAAUGAUGUUGAUAACGAUGAUAGAGAUGUGGUAUACUUCGUGCACGUAGCCUGUUUAAAGGGUCUUGCUAGAAUGAUGUCCGGCAGUGUUACGCAGUCCACAGCACUGAGAACAAUGAAAUAGACACUAGAAAACGAAAUAUGCGAGCAGGAGUUUGAGUGAUCUGCCGUGAACAGAUCCAAAGUAUUCAUUGAUAUCUUAUUCCAAUUGCUAUCCUACAGUGAAUUGACACUUGUCGAACUUGUUUCAUCGCUGAAAUUGUAAUUUAAGAUCAAAUCUUGCUAACUUAAUAUAUAGAUAUUACAAAUUUUUAUCUUAGAAAUAGUUGACUUCAUUUGCCAGUUCAAAUGAGGUUGUUGUUUAGAACAAUACUCACUGCGUGAAGCACUUGAAUUAUUCAAUACUAUUUUGUAAUUAAUAGACGUUACAUCUUUUUUCAUUCAUGGAAAUAGUCACUCUCUUGUGAUUACUUAUUGAAAACGCCGUUGAUGUUGGAUGAUUUUUGUCUUUGAUCAGCCAAAGGCAAUGUGUUUGUUGAAGAAGAGAAAACACGAAACCAGAAUUUGUUAGUGAUUACGUACUUCAGCCUUUUUAACGGCUACAAAGGAAUGAGCAUCGUGACCUGUUAAUUAUUUCCUAGAAAUAUUUUUAGCAUUCGCAUCAGCUGAAGGCAGGGAAUGGAAGAAAAUGAGUUUUUCCGUGCCUACUUAUUUCAAGUUACCAUAUUACAUUUUCUUAUUUAUUUUACGUUUCAGAGCAUCACGGAAACGUGAAGAUAUUUAUCUGAAAGACGGUGAUUCGCACAUCCGCUCAAGGAAAAAAAAAACCCCUAAGAGGUGUUAUGGAGUUUCAUUAACCCUUUAAUUCCCAAGAUCUGAUUGUUAAUUCUCCCCUGUAGCUGCAACACAUUUGCUCGUAAAUUAGUUAUGAGAACUUGGUGCUAGAUCAAGAUAGUAGCUUCUACCUGAUAAGUUUGAAUAUUCUCAUUACCUGUUUGCUGAAGAAUGUAUGGAUAUUGGAGGGAGAAGUUUUGUGUUAAUCACUUUUGGGAGUUAAAGGGUUAAUAACCAGCUUCAAACAGCACAUUUUCAGACGUUGCUUUGGAAACAAAAAAAUUAUUUAUAUUGUCUACAUUGAAGUUAUGACUUUUAAAUGUUAAUAUAGUUCCAUUAAUACUCUCAAUUGAUAGGAGAAUUGACUCAUUGAGCUUGUUGAGUGC